AUAAAAAACAAAGAAAUUUUCAAACGAUUUUGGUGAGAUUGCAUAGUUAUUGCUAGUAGAACGCAAACUAGAUAAUACAAGAGUAAUAAUAGAAACAGGGACGGUUUAUACGUUCCUAGUUUACAGGAAAAUAGCAUAUAUCAUAGAGUGUCUUACAAGAUGGAUGACAGCCUGAAUGAACCAGAGCAUAUUGUACGCCUUGCUGAGGAGUUGAUAACAGUUAUUGAUAAUGAAAAGAUUGAAAAUACUUUACUUGACGAUAUCGUUAAAGAAUGGCAGAAAAUAUUAGAAAUAAGAGAAAUACAAAAGGCACAGACAAAAGAAGUAUUUCAAGAAGUUAUGCAAAUUGAGUCUGCAGAGGAAGCCAACUACCAUAAAAGCCAAACAGCAUGCCAACAUCUAAAUCAAGAAGGGCAGAGUUUAGAGCAGCUAGUUUCUCAACACAAAGAAGGACUGGCUAAUGUUGUAUCAACGUGUGAAAGAUUACAACAAAAUUUGGAAGCAUGUCAACAAGAAUCACAAAAAUUGGAACUUGAAAAACAGGAAGUUGAAAAACAGAAGAAAAUAUCAAUACCAAAAACAAGACAUGACAUCACACUAUACAAGUUAAUUACCAACCUACACUGGCAGCUGGACACACCACCAAAUGAGCUCAAAGGCUAUGUAUGUGGAAAUUCUGAAGUAAAACCUUUCACCUUCAACAAGGAACAAGUGUCAAAAUAUGACAUAGUGAACUCAUUAUGGGACAUGAUAGAAGAGGACUGGUGACCAGAUUUAUGUUGCAACAAAACUGGUUCCUGUUUAAACUGUAAUCUUAAAUGCUGUCAUGAGUGGACAUUUUUUAAUAACUUUAUUUAUUGAAGAAAUAUGAAUUUAUACCCUCAGAAGUUUAAGGUGUAUGAACAAUACAUAUACAUAUUUGUAACAAUGCAGAAAAUUAUAAAAUAUUGAAAGAUUAGUAUGUACCAGUAGUUACGUAAUUUUAAGAAAGAAAAAACACUUAUUUAGGGGUGAUGUUCACCCGCCUCAGUUUUAACAACGUUGCAAUAAAUGAAGCAGCAAAUUCUAUCGUAUAUAAUGAUGAUAAAAGUAAUUGCAAUCCAUCUUUCUUUAUUGAUUCUGUAAAUUUUGCAGGAAUAUUAUUUUUAACUUUUUCAGUCAUAAUGUAAGGACUUAUUUAUUUCACGUGUUAGAAAAAAAGGUUUGAUGUUAUGUCUCAUUAAUCAUGUUAAUAUUACAAAUAUACAAUGUAACCCAUGUAUAUACCUUUUCUUGAAUGUAUUGUAUACAUUUUCAGAUGUUUGUGCUAUAAGUUGGUUGUUAAUUUUAGGGUCUAUUUUUAUACACGAUGAAGUGAUAUUUUGAAUGACGCAUUGAUACAGAAUUUUUAUUAGUUUGGUUUGCAUGAAAUACUAGUUAUAGAUUGUGACAUGUAAAAAUCAUGUCUGUAUUUAUUAGUUUUUUUUAUGUAUUAAGAUUGUUCCCAACACCUUCACUAAAUUUUAUUUGUCUCGUUUAAUUUUCAUAAAAGUUAUCUCCCUGUAGUGUUAGGUACCACCUUUAAUUUUGAAUAUUGAAAAUGAACAGUUUCAGUAUGUGCUUUGUCAUACUAAAUCCCUUCUGUAUACUAUCUUAUGUUUAUAUGGAAUGAAUACAUUGUAGUGCAGUAGUAUCAAAUGAUGAAGUAUUGCAGGUGACUGUCAACAAUUUCCUUGCAAAAAGUUGUAAAUAGGUCGAUUUUCAUUUUUUACUGUUCAGGAGUUAUGAUACUUGAAAGAUUGGAAAAUGGAGCUUUAUUUUAUUCUCAUACCAGAAUUUGCAAAUUGUUGAACCAAUGCUUUUUAAACUUUUGUUGUUACUGCUGACAAAAUGGGUGUAAAUUAAUAUUGACUUUAUUUCACUAUUAUCGUUCAGGACUAAUGAUCCUCGAUAUAUUUGUAAAUAGACACAAAACUUGACAGCAAAACAUGUUUUAGAGACCAAUACAUUGAAAAUAUCCAUCCUUACUAGCCUUCUUCUGAAGUUCUAUUAUGGUUUUCUUCAAAAUACACAGUCUAUUUGACAGCUCCUUUCUGGUUUAAAUUAAGCUCAUAAAACUAAGACUUUUGACCAUGUCCAGAUUAUCAUGAUUAUAGGAAUAAAACUAUGUUUUAAAUCCAUUUUUUUAACAUAUUGCACUGUCCUAAGAUCUGAUAUAAAAUAAAUCAACAAUUUGAAUAUUUUGAAGUAAAUAUAAAAGUACUUUAAUAAGUUAGUUUAUUAUCUAUUCACAGAUCAAUUUAAUCAUCAUAUGUACAUAUUCAUUACAUUUGUUUAAGUAUACAGUAACAUAUAAAUUUUACAGCACUAGUGGACGGAAUCAAUAAUAUACAAUAUAAUAUAAGACAAUGUAAGACUUUGUCACACAUAAAAGAUUGUUUAGAUCAUAUUUAUAACAAUAGAGAUUAUCUCCUACAAAAUACAUGUAAUAAGCAUAUAAAGGAAUGUUUAACAUAUAAAGUUUAGAAUUCUACAUUUGGCAAAACCACCCAUGAAAAAUAAGGAUAUAUACUGAUUAUUGAUAUCUAAAUGCUAUUAAAAGAUAACACCUACUGCAUAUUCUGCAACAUUAUUUCACAUUUGAAAAUGUUUACGAUCACAAUUUUAAUUCUAACUUUUUAGCAAUAUCAAAGUUACAACUUCUUAAUUUAAUAUAGACUGUUUGUGGGAUGUCAUUUGAUAUUGUGAAACCUUAGAUGCCAGCAUUUCUGUGUUCUUUUCUUUCCUUUUCUUUUCACUUCUCUUCCAUCUUGAUUAUCAUCAGAUAUAUAUCCAGAGGUCACAUUCUUUAUUUAUUUUUGUAUCAACUACUUGGUCACAUUACCGUUUCAAAGUCAAUUAAUCUUCUUGAUAAUUCACGGUCAUACUUGCACUUCCCAGAUAAAUAUUUCAGAAUGUGACACAGUCAAUAAAUAUUUACUGUCUGGUGAGAAUUUAACAAAGUUUAUUGAAUCACUGUGACCUACAAAAUCUUGAAAACUUCCUUCAUAGUAAUCUAACAACUUCAUCACUCGUUCUGAAAUAUAGGCAUUUAAUGUAAAUAUUAUUUUGUAAAUAGUGUAGUAAAGUUUUUUUUAAAUAAAUAUGUAUACGUAAAUAAAUAUAUUAUAUUAUA